AUGGAUCUCACCUCUAUGCUCAUUUCCCCAUGUGGGCUCAAGCUUGCUAUUUACAAGGAGGGCUUGCCGUCGGUCAUCCGUUGCCUUGAUAUCGAGACUGGGCCCGGAGCUGGCUCGACGCUGAUACUUCAGCAUCCAUUGAGGCAAGGAGGCUUUCAAUAUACUCCCGACUCUAACAAUCUCGCCGUUGUUCAAGACAAGGCUAUUCAUAUAUGGCGAAUCCCUUUCGAGAGUUCUGAUAACCCAACACGGAUUCUUUGCCAUGCCCUCAACACUAAUAUUACAUGCAUGGCAUUCUCCACAAUGUCAAGCACUCUGGUUUCUGCCGCAGACGCUAUUUAUGUUUGGAACUGGGAGGCUGGAGAGCUUGUAUCUAAAUCUCAACCAAUAUCCCCGGCGUCUGCAAUCUGCAUCUCCCCAGACGAUGCGACCGUGGUGUUUGGCAAUUCGCUUCUCUAUGUCUGGGAUCGAGAAGCUGGAUUGAUCCACGAAAGCCCGCUGAUAGGACGAGAGGGAUCUGUUUCGGUCGUUUUGUUCACCCCAGAUGGCAAAAGAAUAGUGUCUGGGCAUUCAAAGGGGACGAUCCUCAUCCAGGAUCCGCAUCCUUCGCCUCAGCCCGUAGCUGGCCCUGGGCACGUCCUACCAGUCACAUCGAUCGCGUUUUCAAACGAUGGAAAGAUCAGCCAGUGUCUCUGA